UGUAGCUACUGUACACAUACACACACACACAUACACGCACACACGCGCACACACUCAUACACACACACACACACACUCACACUCAUACACAAAGCUUUGACCAUGGCGGAAGAAGACGACACGAAAAUCCGGAUUCUACAAAGUCUGCGAGGGAAAAUCUGUGAAGGCAGGAACCUGGGUGUGGGUUCCGGAUCGAAUCGUCUCCGAGACAUCGGUACAUUUUGCACCAUCAGCCUGGACCAGGAGGAAGUGUUCCGUACUAAAGUGUGUGAAAGAAGCCUGAGCCCGUUCUAUGGGGAGGAUUUCUACUUCGAGAUCCCCCGGCCGUUCCAGUGUCUCUCCUUCUACGUUUACGCCAAGAGUGUGUUCCAGAGGGACCUGACUGUCGGUAAGGUGGCCCUCAGGAAGGAGGAGUUGUGUAAUUACAGUGGCAAGGAGCACUGGUUCCCACUGCAACCUGUGGAUCCAAAUUCAGAGGUGCAGGGGAAGGUUCAUCUAGAGAUGAGGCUUAAUGAAGUGAUCACAGAUAACGGGCCUGUCUCUUCGCGCCUGCAGGUCAGGAUAAUCGAGUGCCAGGGUUUACCGUUAAUCGGUGGGCAGGCCUGUGACUCUUACGCUUCCGUAACACUCAUCGGCCCUGCGAGGUCUGAUCAGAGGAAGACAAAGGUGAAGAAGAAAACCAGUGACCCUCACUUUGAUGAGACGAUUUAUUUUGAGGUUUCCAGGCCAAGCAACUACAACAGGAAGAACUUCCAGGUAGAAGAUGAGGAUAUUGAGAAACUAGAGAUCAAGGUGGAGUUAUGGAAUAACGGGAAUCUGGCUCAGGAUGUUUUUCUGGGUGAAACGAGAGUGUCGCUGAAGAUCCUGAGAAAUGACGUCAUACACAAAGCUUGGUAUCUCCUCCAGCCAAGAGGUAAUGGUGUGAAGUGUAAGCCUGAUGAUCUUGGCUCCUUGCGUUUGAACGUGUGUUACACUGAGGACAACGUGCUGCCAUCAAACAGCUACAUUAACCUGAGAAACCUACUGCUCAAAUCACCUGAUGUACAGCCAAUCUCAGCAUCAGCUGCUCAUAUUCUGGGGGACGUGUGUAGAGAUCGAUCUGAAGCCUCGUUGCCUGUAGUGCGCCUUUUACUUCAUCACAACCGACUGCUGCCUUUUCUUAUGGCUAUUGCUGCCUUAGAGCUGGAGAACACACAAGAGGCCAACACCAUCUUCCGUGGAAAUUCUCUGGCCACACGAUGUAUCGAUGAUAUGAUGAAGAUGGUCGGGCGAAAUUAUCUGAACAUCACACUGAAGCCUGUGUUAGAUGAGAUUUGCGAAUCCAAUAAAACCUGUGAAAUUGAUCCAAUCAAACUGAAGGAAGGAGAUAAUGUUGAGGUCAACAAGGAAAAUCUGCAGGUUUAUGUUCAGAAGGUGUUCUCGUCCAUUACGGAAUCGAGUGCGAGUUGUCCGCCUCUUAUGUGUGACGUGUUCCGAUCACUACGGCAGCUCGCCUCUGACCGCUUUCCCAGUGAUCCUCAUGUUCAGUAUUCUGCUGUGAGCAGUUUUGUGUUUCUGAGGUUUUUUGCUGUUGCUGUGCUCUCACCACACACCUUCCAGCUCCGGCCUCACCACCCAGAUCCAGAAGUUUCCAGAACUCUCACACUCAUCUCCAAAACUAUCCAGACUUUGGGCAGCUGGAGCAGCCUGUCUAAAAGCAAACUGUCGAGCUUUAAAGAGACCUACAUGUGUGAUUUCUUCAAAUUAUUCCAGGAAGAUAAAUGUAUAGAGAAAGUAAAAAAGUUUUUAGAUGACAUCUCGUCCAACAUGUGUAAAGGCACCAGCGGAGCAGAAGAUUUGGUUGUGCUGAAAGAGGGAGAGGUCCACAAGCGAGCCCAAGGUAAAAAGCAUCUCAUAAGGAAGAACUUCAAGAGGCGUUGGUUGAGAGUGACCAAUCGAGAGCUGUCAUACCAUAAACAAAAAGGGAAAGAGCCACUGUGUGUAAUUCCUGUGAAGAGCAUCACAAAAGUAGAAAAGCUGGAUGAAAGCACCUUCAACCGCAAAAACAUGUUCCAGGUGAUCUUCAGUGAGAAGCCCCUGUAUGUUCAGGCAGGGAACUGCGUCGAGGCGAGCGAGUGGAUCGAUGUCCUGACUCAGCUUAUCCGCUGCAACACUGAUAGACUCGGUGUGUUCCAGACGGCUGUCAGCAGUAGGGACAGUACACUGGCGAACAUCCAGCUGGAGAUUGACUGCGACCGAGAGACUGAGAGAAUUUUCUCGCUAUUCAGUGCCAAUUUACUCCGUCUGCAGAAAAUGGAGGAUGCCUGUGCCGGUAUGUCGGUGUACCUGGGCCAGCCGAAGGAGCAGGAGGAAUACUCUGCCUUCACUAUUCAGGACCCGAAGGAGACGUUUCGCACCAUCAAGGAGAUCAAAGAUGUGCUGGAGGACUUGCAGCUCAAACACAAUGCCACUGAACUCACGGACCAGCCAGGGACAAUUGAGAAUCCGAUUGUAGGAAAGAGGUCCUGACAUUCUGAGAGCGGUUCAUCCCUCUACACCAGCAAGUGGCACUGCCUAUUGUCUGACUCUGAGACUCGACUCUAAGGAAUAGAGUGACGGCUGCAGGCUCACAAUGAAGAAAAAAUACUGAUGGAGAGAGUUAGGAACUCUCACACUCUGCGCCUUAAAUCACCUCUGACAAACGUGCGUUAGACUUUUUCUACUGAGAUAAGCACGCACUCUCGAUCAGAAUGCUGUGACGGACGAGACUUCGCCAGUGACACAAGAAUACGAAUAUGGCUGCUAAACAGACGAACUUGACCUCCAGUUUGAAAACAAUCAUUUAAAAUUCUUUCGCGUUUUGUAGACCUUCGAUGUCUGAUGUCGUUGUGCAUCAAAGGGAAUUUCCCCAACUUUUCUAUUCUGUCUUUUAUAUUUGUACAUGGAGCGCGUGGGAGGAUGUGCGCACACACUCAUUUUUUUUGCAAUACACCCACCCACACACACACACACACACACACACACACACACAAAAUGGCACUUUAGACAUUUGGAAUGAUCCAGAUGAGUAUAUUUGAUACACUGUAUCAUCACCUGAUCGAUCAGUUAAAUGAUCGCGUCAUUAUAACGCUUGUCUCUGUAAAGUUUUUAAUCAAUAUGUUUCUCAUGCCAAAGACAAUUUGUCAGUUUGAUAAUGUGUAAAUGUCAUUAUUUUGGAAUACUCACCUUUAAAUGAUAAUCUAUAUUUCUCAUGGCAAACAAAAAAAGGAAAAAAAAUAGUUUUUGUUUUUUUUUAUUUGGGAUGAACACACGUAAUCAGUCCUGCUCUGUGAUUUUGCACAAGUCAUUUUCUUACAUGGAAAAUGGAGAGAUGUGAAGGAAAUGUGGAAUGGAUAGAUAGAUGGAGGAAUUUCAGGAAAACAGAUAGAUUGAUGGAGUAAAUACAUUCCUUUGUAUCAUCUCUUGAUUAACGUGUGUGUCCGAUCAGGCUUUUCUUUUUCAUUCUUUUUUUAUUUUUUAUUUUUUUUGUUUAGCAUCUUAGUGCACAUUCACUCAGAAGCACAAAGGUCUGACCUGUACUAAUCUCUUCCUUUUAUUUUUCUGUUCUGUUGUUUUUUCAAUGGUUGUUAUAAAUUGCAGUUGGAUAAACAGGGAUCUGUUGGUACGCUGAUUAAAUCGAUCAGCUAACAUUUCUUACAGUAGGUACAAUACGGAAAUGCACAUUAGACAUGUGUUUCUGUGCCACGUCUUCAAGCCCCGCCUCCUGCAUCUGGUGUCAAUAUUGUUCCCUUCUGAUCAGUUUUAUUAUUUUACUGCUGUCCCCCUUCACCCCUGCACAUUUAAGCUUCUCUGACAUUCCUCUGAAUAAAUGAAGGAUCUGUAAUGUGCUCAGGUUCAUGUUGUUUUCCAUUGUUUUUUUUACAUUAUUAUGACGGAGUUGCCACAAAAAAAGACCACAGCUCAAUUUGAAAUCUGAAAUUUGUUUUUGCAUUGCACCAAAACCUGUUCAACACAUAAGACUAAGAUUAAUGAGCAUCGGCACAUAGUUUCAAUCCCUUGUGUUUUUUUUCUGAUUAUUAGAUUAAAAUUAAUUAUUUAAUUUGAAAUAUUUUAUAAUAUUUGAUGUCAAACUUUUAAAAUAAUAAACUAAAAACUUUUUAUUAAAUUUCUGCUAAUUGUUUCUCAUGGCCAACCUGCAAACUUUGAAAAACACUGGCAUAAACAUUUGUUUGAAGUUGCGCUAAAGUCUGCAGUGUUUUGUAUGUUCUCCGCAUUUCCAUGCGAGUUUUUUCUGGCUUUUGUUUUCUUUCACCGCUAAAAAACAUUUUAGUACUUGCUAUGCUAUAGUUCCCAAGGUGUGUGAAUAUGUUGGUGUGUUGUAGGUGCCUUGCAGUUGCCUUGUGUUUAAUCCAUGUUGUAUUGUCAUCCCAUGAUGAGUCUCGGUGUGAUAAGAGCAUGAUCCAUCCUAAGCCUCACCAGGGUAAAGCAAGUACUAAAGGUGAACAAGUGAUUUUUGUUGGUAAUUGUACGCAGGGCGACGUGGGAGCUGUGAAUCGAUUGAAAAAGCACACACAUAAACAGGUUUGCUUCUCCUGAGCUUGGGUUAUGAUCUGUGUAGUUUUCCAGCAUCGAGAUUGUUUUCUGUUCUGGCACCUAGGUGGUAAAAUGAACUUCCUCAGGCAA